AUGUCUGAAGGUAUUACUGAAAUUGAAGACUCCCAAAUCAGUCUAACCAACUAUGACAAAGUUGUCUACAAGUUCGACGAUAUGGAAUUGGACGAAAACUUGUUGAGAGGUGUUUUCGGUUACGGUUUCGAAGAACCAUCUGCCAUUCAACAACGUGCCAUUAUGCCUAUUAUUGAAGGUCACGAUGUCUUGGCUCAAGCUCAAUCUGGUACUGGUAAGACCGGUACUUUCUCUGUUGCCGCUUUGCAAAGAAUCGACACCUCUGUCAAGGCUCCUCAAGCUUUGAUGUUGGCUCCAACUAGAGAAUUGGCUUUACAAAUCCAAAAGGUUGUCAUGGCUUUGGCUUUCCACAUGGACAUCAAGGUCCACGCUUGUAUCGGUGGUACUUCUUUUGUUGAAGAUGCUGAAGGUUUGAAAGACGCUCAAAUCGUUGUCGGUACCCCAGGUCGUGUUUUCGACAACAUCCAAAGACGUAGAUUCAGAACUGACAAGAUCAAAAUGUUCAUCUUAGAUGAAGCCGAUGAAAUGUUGUCUUCUGGUUUCAAGGAACAAAUCUACCAAAUUUUCACAUUGCUACCACCAACUACCCAAGUUGUUCUUUUGUCUGCUACCAUGCCAAAUGACGUCUUGGAAGUUACCACCAAGUUCAUGAGAAACCCAGUUAGAAUUUUGGUUAAGAAGGAUGAAUUGACUUUGGAAGGUAUCAAGCAAUUCUACGU